AUGUGUGACAUGAGCGCUCUGGAUAACCUGGUGGCCAACACGGCUUACCUGAAAGCUCAAGGCGGAGACGAGAAGGAGCUGAGGAAAAGACGCCAGAGUCUGGCUCUUCCCAAACCGGGCAACUGCGAGACCGUCAGAGUCUCCGUGGGGCAGGACUUUGAGUCGCUGUGUGAACUGCAGCCCAUCGGGAAGAAGCUGUUCCGACUGUAUCUGACCGAGACGCCCGAGUACGCCGUCGCCGCCCUAUUCCUGGACGAGCUGAACGACUGGGAGCUGGCUGAAGGAGCUGCCAAGGACAAAGCGUGCACCAACAUCAUCAACCAGUUCUGCAAGGAAGGAUCCACCAGCUUCCUGUCCUUCCUGAGCGGAGAAGCACUGGAGAAGUGCAAAGCCGUAACGGAGAAAGAUUUCAAAGUGGUGAUGACGGGAAAAGUGAGAGAGGCCGUCAGAGAUUUCCUCAAGGGCAAGCCGUUCACAGAGUACAUGCUGAGCCCGUUCUUCGACAAGUUCCUGCAGUGGAAGGAGUACGAGAAGCAGCCCAUCAACGAGAAAUACUUCUACGAGUUCAGGACGCUCGGGAAAGGAGGGUUUGGGGAGGUUUGUGCGGUGCAGGUGAAGAACACGGGUCAGAUGUAUGCCUGCAAGAAGCUGUGCAAGAAGCGUCUGAAGAAGAAGCAGGGGGAGAAAAUGGCUCUGCUGGAGAAGAAGCUCCUGGAGAAGGUGAACAGCCCAUUCAUCGUCAGCCUGGCGUAUGCCUACGAAACCAAAUCCCACCUGUGCUUGGUGAUGACGCUGAUGAACGGCGGCGACCUGAAAUACCACAUCUACAACAUCGGAGAGAAAGGCAUCGAGAUGAACCGGAUUGUUUACUACACCGCUCAGAUCACCACGGGCAUGCUGCACCUGCACACCAUGGACAUCGUGUAUCGAGACAUGAAGCCGGAGAACGUUCUCCUGGACAGCCAGGGGCAGUGCCGACUCUCUGACCUCGGCCUCGCCAUCGAGCUUCCUCCUGGAAAAACGUCCACUCAGAAGGCCGGGACUGGAGCGUACAUGGCUCCUGAGAUUCUGACUGACAUGCCAUACAGGACCUCGGUGGACUGGUGGUCUCUGGGGGUCAGUAUUUAUGAGAUGGUGGCUGGUCACACGCCGUUCAAGGGCCCCGAUGGCAAGAAAGAGAAAGUGGACAAAGACGAAGUAAAAAGGCGCAUCAUCAACGAAGAGCCCGUUUUUGAGCACAAAAACUUCGAUCCUCUCACCAAAGAUAUCAUCAUGCAGUUCCUGAAGAAGAAGACGGACGAACGACUCGGCUGCAAAGGUGACGACCCCCGGGAUCACGAAUGGUUCAAAUCUAUUAAUUUCCCCCGUUUAGAGGCAGGACUCAUCCCUCCACCGUGGCUUCCCAAACCCAAUGUGGUCUACGCCAAAGACACCGGAGACAUCGCCGAGUUUUCCGACGUUAAAGGCAUCGAGUUCAACGCUAAGGAUGAAAAACUCUUUAAAGAGUUCAGCACUGGUGCCAUUUCCAUCCCCUGGCAGAAAGAGAUGAUCGACACCGGACUUUUCGACGAGCUGAACGACCCGCAAAGGAAAGAGUCUUCUGCUGGACUGGACCAGGACAAGAAAUCAGGCACAUGCACACUUCUGUAAAGUCAGACAUUACACAGGAGCGCUGUGAACACAGGAGCGCUGAAGAUCCUGAGCGAAAUGACUCCCUGGUCAGUUGUAGACAGGAGUGUGUGUUGUAAUGUUCCUCUCAGGCUGCGACAGUGAGCAUGUGUGUGUAUUUGUGUGUUUUGGGGAAUUUGAAACUGUUGGUUUUGUGCAGUAGUAAACCUUCUCGCCUGUAGGGGGCAUCAACAAAGCGGUCCAUCUAAACUGAGAUGCUUCUAGAAGAGUAGUUUUGAGUGCAGAUCUCCU